AUGAAUAUAGAAUAAAUCAAACAUCUUUAAUGGCAAGGAAGCUAUGGAGAUUAAUCUUAAAAAAUUGGGAAUUGGACUGCUUCUUGGAAAGAUCAAAUUUUGAAUGAUGUAGGAGGUUUGUAUUCAAAUGAUGGAAAAAAAAUUGGAUUUUGGAAAGAAUUAUUUUAGAAUUAUUGUAGGUGAAUUCAACAAUAUUUAUAUUAUAUUAGUCAAACCCAAGCCUUUAAAUUUGGAGAAUACCAAGAUAAUAGAAAAUGUGGAGAUUGGAUGUAUAUCUACAGAGACAUAAAUAUGUAUUAUGAUAAUAUUAAGGUUUUAACUCAGUGGUGGUGGAUUCUAUAACAAUUUAGGCUAAAAGUCUGGUUAUUGGAGGACAUUAAGCAAAAAUUUUUGGGAGUUUUAAUAUUUUCAUAUCUUUAGUUUAAGUUAAGUCAUUUAUAAAGGUUUAUAUGAAAAUGGUCAAAAAAUCGGCAAAUGGGAUAUAAAUUGGAAGAUUCCAUAAGGAAUUAAUGUUUUUGAAUAAAUGUAUCUAAAAUAAUAAUAAUAUUACUCUUUAUCUAUUAGUGGUGGUGGUUCAUUUAAUGAGAAUAAUAUGACAAAUGGAAUUUGGAUUGAGUUAUGUGAUGGUUUUUUGGAGUAAUAGAUAAAAUUAUUCAUAAUUCUUUUUUAGUUACAACUAAUCUAUAUUUAGUGGUCAAUAUCAGAAUGGCAAUAAAGUUGGUCGUUGGAUUAGUAGUUGGAGAAAUUAUUAUGAAAUAAAUGAAUUUGAACAAAUGUAUAUAAAUUGAAAACUUUUUAAAUAUUAGUGGUGGUGGCUUAUAUAAUGAUUAAGGCACAAAAAUUGGAACUUGGAUUGAAAUGAGUGAUAAUUUUAAUAUGUAAUAGAUAAUUUAUUUAUAAUUUAGGGAAAAUUAGGUCAUUUAUAUUGGUGAAUAUAAGAAUAGCAAAAAAGUUGGAAAAUGGAAUAUAUAAUGGAGAUUGAACAAAUGUUAUCCAUUUCUGAUAAUGUAAUAAAGCAUAUAAUAAUGUUAUUAAAUUUUAGAGGUGGAGGAUAUUAUUCUGUGAAUAAUUUAAAAAUUGGAAAAUGGAUUGAGUUGAGCGAAAAUUAUGAAAAGUAUAGACAUUUAUUGAUAGUUUAGUGGAAAUUAAUGCAUAUUUUAUUGUGAAUAUAAAGAUGGGAAAUAUUUUGGGAUAUCAGAUAUUCUUUGGAGGGAAUAUAUAGGCAUCUCAUUUUAUUAAAUGUAACUAAACCAUUUUUAUCACUUUUUUAUAGUGGUGGAGGAAUUUUUGACUAGCAAUCUUAUAAAAAUGGAAAAUGAAUUGAAAUUAGUGAUAUUUUCAAAUAGUAUUUAAGUCUAUAUUACUAAAGUGAUAAUUAAGUCAUCUAUAGUGGUUAAUAUAAAAAUGGAAAAAAGGUGGGUAGAUGGGAUGAGAUGAGAAGAGAUUUUACACAAAUAAAUGAUGGAUUUGUUAAAAUGUACUAAUAAAUUUAUAAGGUCAUUUUCAUAUUUUUAGAGGAG